AUGCUCUCCUUGAUUAGACGCAGCUGUCUAAUUAUCGGGCUCGUGCACCAGCAGGUGAGACGGGAGCGCGCGGCGCUCUUUCUGCGCGUGAACGUGAAUAGAUGGGCUUCCGGCGUGAACGGAAGACAGCGGAAGUGUGCCAACUGUCGUGAAAGCACAUCGACGCAGAAAGAAUCGAGCAGGACUAAUAAAAGGAUAGCAAAGUAUGAGGAGGAACUUUGUCCAACAAAAGAGGAGAAGGAGCGACAACAUCAACUACUGGAUGUUUAUUAUAAGAAACAUCAUCAAGUUGUGUUACACAGAACAGACCUCGAUGAACAUCUUCCUGGUGAGCAGGAGGUGGAACCACAGUCCCCCCACAUACACGAGGAAGAAGAGGUACCACAGCCCCCCCACAUUAAAGAGGAAGACGAGAAGCCACAGACCCAUAAUGUUAAACUGACCCUUCACAUUAAAGGGCAAGCGGAGGACCCACUGAUCUUACACAUCAAAAAGGAAGAGGAUGAUCAACUGACCCCUCACUAUAAGGAGCAAGAGAACCUGCUGACCCCUCACAUUAAAGAGGAAGAGGUGGACCAACUGACCCCCUACUUUAAAGAGGAAGAGGAAGACCAUGAGCCGCCGCACAUUAAAGAGGAAGAGGGCAUCAGUCAGCCUAAAUGGUUGGAGGAGUUCCCAGUGACUGGUGUCCCUGUGAAGAGUGAAGAUGAUGAGGUGAAAGGUGAAAGUGAGGAGAGGGGUGGGGGGGAGCCUCCAAGCAGCAGCUCAACACAACACAUGACAACAGAAGCUGAUGGAGACCACUGUGGAGGAUCACAAGCAGACAAGCUCUUAGCUCCACUAUCAGAUAGUGAGGACACAACGUCACACUCUCCUGACACUGAUGAUGAAGACUCUAAAGAUAAGACAUGUCACACUGACAACACUCCCUUUACAUGUUCUCACUGUCACAAAACCUUUACAUACUAUAGUGUUCUGAAAAGACACAUGAGAACACACACUGGAGAAAAACCUUUUUUUUGUUCACUCUGUAGUAAAGGUUUUACACAAAGUCAGAAUUUGAAAGUACACAUGAGAACACACUGGUGAAAAAACUUUUUCCUGUACAAUCUGUAGUGAAGGUUUUGUAGAAAGUCGCAAUUUGAAAAAACACAUGAGAACACACACUGGUGAAAAACCCUUUGUUUGUUCAAUCUGUGGUAAAGGUUUGGCAGACAGUAACAAUUUGAAAAGACACAUGAGAACACACACUGGUGAAAAACCUUUUUCCUGUUCAAUCUGUGGUAAAGGUUUUACACAAAGUCAACAUUUGAAAAGACACAUGAGAACACACACUGGUGAAAAAUCACAUUUUCCUUGUUCAAUCUAUAGUAAAGGUUUUGUACAAAGUAACAGUUUGAAACUACACAUGAGAACACACAGUGGUGAAAAAUCACAUUCUUGUUCAAUCUGCAACAGAAGCUUUUGUGACCGAUCAAGCCUUGCAGCACACAUGAGAAGACACCCAGGAGAGAAAGUGUUGAGUUGCAGUGUGUGUGGUGAAAGAUUGUCUUCUAAGUACCAGUGUAAGAAACACAAGUGUGCUGGUGAGAACAGCAGCAGCAAAUGAAACUGCAGGAUUUGAAAUAAACUGUCCAGACUUUCAUUUUGACUUUCUAACAACAUCAGCACAUAUAACAUGUGUAACAAUCUGUUUAAUAUGCGUCUACAUUUAUAAAUUACAUAGUUUGAAAUUUGAAAAUAUUACAUAUUUGUAUUUCUAAUUGUUAAUAAUCCCAUAGAUUAUCACCUUUAUAUGAUAUACAUAUGUACUGGUUCACAUCUGAAACAUCUUCUGGACCACUUCAGGAAGCAUAUUAUUAUUUACUUUAUACAUCAUUUGAACAGUUGUCUUUUAUACAAUUUUAAAAUGUGUGACUUUAUGAAUCAUUUGUUGGGUCUCUAUAAUCUAUUUUAUUCAUUAUCGUUAUUACUCUGUAUUAUGAUGGUUGUGUUGUGAUUGUUUUAUAUGUAUGUCCCCGGACCUUUAUGCAAUAUACAAGAGAGAGAAAAUAGCUGAUUUUUAUUUUGUGAAAGGAUGGUUUUGUUUUCACAAACUUACAUAUGUGGAUAUAUCAAAUAAAUCCAGUAUUGUGUUUUAAAAAA